UAUAUUCUCUCCUUCUGGACUCUCUCUAUUCUCUCCUUCUUCUUGUGCAUCUUUUUCUUGAUCUCUUUCUUUCUUUAUUGCUCAAAAGAAUUGCAGCCAUUAAAAGAAUAAGUGUGUCUCUCUUUCUCUUAUCUCUCAAAAUGCAAGCAAAUAGUCGACUUAUAACCCAAUCUCCAAGCUCUCCGAGCUUCAACUCUUACUCUUCAGGAAAACUUGCUGAAAUCGCAGCAAGAGUUGUUCAGGAAUUCUCUAAUGAUCACUCGCAAGAUCAUGAUAACAUUUUCUCUUGGCAACAAGAAUAUGAAGAGAACAAGAACCACAAGGAGAAAGACGAAGCGCAAGAGCAAGGGCAAGAAGACGAAGACGAAUUCGAGUUCGCUAUUGUUUGCAGAGAACCGGUAGAGUCUCCGAUAUCCGCGGACGAUAUUUUCUAUAACGGGCAAAUAAGGCCGAUUUAUCCAUUAUUCAACACCAAGUUAUUAUUAGAUAAAGAAGAUCAAGAAUCAUCCAAAUCAAAGAAUACAACAACUGCUACCACCACCACCACCAAACCAAAUCGAUUGCCAUUAAGAAAACUGUUCAGCGAAGAGAGGGAAUCAUCGACAACGACGUCGUCGUGUUCUUCAUCAGAGGCUGAUGAAUUAGAAAACGUGCCAGCAGAGAGUUACUGCGUAUGGACUCCGAAAAAGGAUGUAUGCAAGAAAAGUAGUUCCACAGGGUCUUCAAAGAGAUGGAAGUUCAGAGACUUGCUUUAUAAUAGAAGCAAUAGCGACGGGAUUAAUGGCAAUGAUGCGUUUGUGCUGUUCAAGAAUAGUGAAAGAAGAUUAGAGAAUGCUAAUAAACAGGGGAAAGGUAUUCAUGCGGUUGAAAAGAAUUAUGUGAAGACUAAAUCUGUCGUCAAGGAAGGAGAUAAACGACAGUCGUUUUUGCCUUACAGGCAGGACCUGGUUGGCUUGUUCUCUAAUGUCAAUGGUUUGAGUAGAAAUCUUCAUCCUUUUUGAGAGGUUCAUUUUUAUUUGUAUUCUGUUUGCUGUUAUUAUUAUUUUAUUUUAUUUAUUUUCCUUUUAUGAUAUAUAGGGAGGAAAGUUUACUCAUUAGUUUUUCUUUGAAGUGGAGUAUAUAUGGCUUCUCCCAUUUUCGUGUAAAUUAAUGCUUGUGUUACAAUUAUUAUUAUUUGAUCAUUGUAAUAAUUGUUCUCCUGUCGGCAAGAACACGAAAUUAAACUUAAAAUUAAAAUAGUAAUAGUGUGCGAA